UUACAGUUGAAGUUUGAAGAGGAACUUAGUUUGUGUGGUUUGCAUGUAGUUUACUAGUUUAGAGCUUGUUUGAGAUUCACCUAAUGUCUUAUCCUAACAUGGUUACUACUUUGUUUUGCACAUACUGCUGUAAUGCUUAUUGAGGACGUUGUUGACAAUCUUUGAAGCAUACUUUUCACAAGCGUUUAUUUGUUGAUAACGAUUAUUCAAACGAAGAGCAAGACAUGAGACAUGCGAAUGUGAUGGUUCCACUUCCACUUCGACCCCAAAAAUGAUCAACUCUGUAUCUCAUAUUUCAUAGCAUCUCACAACAAUUGAGAGCUAUAUAGAUGUGUUGACGCUAAUUAAUUGCUUUGGCCAACAUACUGAUCAUACGAACGAACGUACGUACACCUGCACAAUAUAAUUGCUUUCUUUCCAACAAAUCCUUUUCGAGUCAUGUUCAUUUCAUCUUUUUUUCUCUUUUGAUAUCAUAACGACUGCUAUACGUGGGAAUUUGUAAACCACGGACACCCCACUUUUAAUACUCAAAGCAACCAACCCACAUCAUAUGCAAUUCGUGAAACUCAGAAUGGAGCAUGGUUCUGUACACCAACCCUAAAAAGAGAAACAAACCCAGGUUCUAGAGCCUCAACUAACCAUGUUGGGGAUUAUACAUCUCGUGACAAACUAGCUACAUGCAAUGCUUUUAUUAGCAGCUAGAGAUCACGUUACUUCUCAGGCCUUUUAUUUUACAGAUGAUAGGAUUUGAGUAGAGAGAAACAAAACGGAAUCAGAGACACGAGAUAGAGAAAACUUGAAGGCAAGCUGAAGAUGGCAACGAAAGAGUCAAGCUCUGCUGGUUCUGGUUCUGGUUCUGGUUCUGGUUCGGCAACAGGGGACGCUAAAAUCAAGAGGGUAGUGACCCAUGGAGGCAGAUAUGCACAGUACAAUGUGUAUGGCAACUUGUUCGAGGUGACUUCCAAAUAUGUCCCUCCCAUUCGCCCCAUUGGCAGAGGUGCUUAUGGCAUCAUCUGUGCUGCUGUGAACUCAGAGACGCACGAACAAGUUGCCAUCAAGAAGAUUGGUAACGCAUUUGACAACAUUAUUGAUGCUAGAAGGACACUCAGAGAAAUCAAGCUCCUUCGUCACAUGGAUCAUGAAAAUAUAAUUGCGAUAAAGGAUAUAAUACGACCACCGAAAAGGGAGACGUUCAACGAUGUAUACAUUGUUUAUGAAUUGAUGGACACUGAUCUUCAUCACAUCAUUCAUUCUGACCAACCUCUCACUGAUGGCCACUGUCAGUACUUCUUGUACCAGCUGUUACGGGGACUGAAAUAUGUGCAUUCAGCGAAUGUGUUGCACCGCGAUCUGAAGCCGAGUAACCUGCUCAUGAAUGCCAACUGCGACCUCAAGAUUGGCGACUUUGGAUUGGCAAGGACUACUUCUGAGCAGGAUUUCAUGACAGAGUAUGUUGUCACCCGAUGGUACCGUGCCCCCGAGCUGCUCCUUAACUGUUCUGAGUACACCUCUGCCAUUGAUGUCUGGUCUGUGGGCUGCAUUCUUGGUGAGAUUAUGACCCGAGAGCCCUUGUUCCCUGGCAAGGACUAUGUUCAUCAACUUAGGCUCAUUACUGAGUUGAUAGGUUCACCUGACGAUGCCAGCCUUGGGUUUCUCCGAAGUGAUAAUGCAAGAAGAUACAUCAAGCAGCUUCCGCAGUACCGCAAGCAAAAAUUUGCUGCUAGGUUCCCCAAUGUCAUGCCUGAGGCACUUGAUCUCCUAGAAAAGAUGCUCAUGUUUGAUCCUAACAAGCGCAUCACAGUUGAUGAGGCACUUUGUCAUCCAUAUCUAGCAUCACUUCACAACAUCAAUGAUGAGCCGGUUUGUCCGAGGCCAUUCAGUUUUGACUUUGAGCAUCCAACAUGCACUGAAGAGGAUGUCAAGGAGCUCAUAUGGAGGGAAUCUGUCAAGUUCAAUCCAGAUCCACCUUCUCACUAAUUGAUUUCUGUUACCACAUAAAUACCAUCAUCAUCCUAUGCAGAUGAUUUGCUAGGGACAACAAACUUCUCUUCCUUUGUAAUCUUAGACUUAAAUGUCACCAACCCUAUAAACAAAAUUUCUCGUGGAUGUUACAAGCAUUUAGACAAAUAAUAAUUAAAUCUGUUGUAUUAUGCUCGACUUUGCUUUAGGACACUCUGGGGACCCAAUAUCAUUGCAAACUUAUGGACUCUUUUUCUUAUUAAUACCUAACAAUUAUCUUUCC